AUGGCAUCCCCGACUGCACCCCCCGAAACCACCUCUUUUCUCCUCACCUACCCAACACCUCAAAUCCUUCUCGUGACCAUCAAUCGUCCGCAAGCCAUGAAUUCCAUACCCAGUUUCGCCCAUUGGGAAGCCGAUGCUAUUCUCACCUGGUUUGACGAUUCCCCUGAUUUGCGCGUUGCCAUUAUUACCGGAGCAGGAGAAAAGGCAUUUUGCGCCGGCCAAGAUUUAAUCGAGCAAGCUAAAUUUAAAAUUGAUCCUCCGCCAAUGUCGACUCGAAGACAUCCACCCAGCGGAUUUUGUGGAAUUAGUAGGAGAGUGGGCAAGAAGCCAGUUAUUGCCGCGGUCAAUGGGUUUGCGCUUGGUGGGGGGUUUGAGAUAUGUUUAAACUGUGAUCUGGUCGUUGCAUCUCCGUUGGCAACAUUUGGUCUUCCCGAAGCUGCUGUAGGCCUCUACGCCGCAGCUGGUGGUCUUCCGCGCAUAGUGCGCAAUUGUGGACUUCAAAUAGCUACAGAAAUCGCAUUGACUAAUCGGAAACUUACCGCCAAGGAAGCACUUUCAUACAAUCUAAUUAACAGAAUCGCGCAAUCACCAGAAACGGUAUUGAAGGAGAGUGUGGAGCUCGCAGAGAAAAUUGCUGCUUUGAGCCCGGAUGCGGUUAUCGUAUCGAGAGCGGGAUUGAGAGAGGCAUGGGAGACGGGGAGUGUAGAAAGAGCUACACAGAUUGUUGCACAGAGGUAUGAUCAGCAAUUGUUUGAGGGUGAGAAUAUGCAGAUUGGGUUAGAAGCAUUUGCAGGGAAGAAGAAGCCUCUAUGGGUGCCGAGCAAGAUUUGA